AUGUCAGGUCUUCUCGACGAAGGUCCGUCACCCCGCUCGUCAAGGCAGGUGUUUUCAAGACCAUGUGAUACAAUAUACAUUCCGUCUGAUGACUUUACUCCCAUCAGCUUCAUGCGUCUUUACAGUUCACCCAAGCGGCAAAUUAAAGACACUGUUCCACAUAUCUCAGGUGAUGCUGAGAUCAACAGCUUCAAGUCGCAACGUGCUAGACACCAGGUACAAAAGCCGUUGGCUGGAUCUACUCGCAAAGCUCCGCUUCAGCAAAAUUUUGAGGUUGUCCAGGCAAGGGCGACAACGGUCGAUGUCCCUGGAACAGGUGGCGGCAAGGAAAACGUUCCUCCUGGAUUUUCCGUCAUCACCAACAAAAAAAGCAAAUCAGAAGAUCAUUCACCGGUGUCGAAAAUGGCCCGUCCAGUCGUGCAAAACGCUAGUCUCAGAGCACGCAUGACAACCAAGUCAAAAGAAGCCCAAAUAGAGCCACUGAAGCGAGUGGCUCUAGGUGAAACUCGAGGAAAUGUCAUCAGAGCGCCCAAAAAGAUAGAACCUUCACCACCUGCUGGGAAUCCUUUGGCCUCUGCCUUAAAGCGUGCCUUCUCCGCCAUCGUUAUUCAACGGGCAUGGCGGUCAUUUACAGAACGACGAAAUAAGCACGCGUGUGGUAUCGCCACCGCCAGGGUGGAGUUGGCAUGUGACGUGAUUACUCGAUGGUGGCGUGGUGUCAAAGCCUGCAAGCUGCGAGAGCAGAAACAGAAGGCGAAGCUGGCAGAGAGCACUGAACAGACGACCCGCCGCAAACCUGCUUCUCAGCGACGUUCUGUUCGCCAGGGCCACCAGAGUUCUGGCCGCCGAGGCAUUCGGCGCCUCUAA